GUCGAUGUCCCCAACAGAAGGGAGUGGGAUAAUUACGAGGGAGGAAAGAGACAUUGUGGGAAUGCUGCUGCCCUGACUACAGAAUGUUGGCAUCAAAGAAGGCGCUGGUCUGCCUUGUAAUGGCCGCCACCCUGAUUGACUUACAUUCCGCUCAACAUUGGUCCUUCAAUAUGCGUCCAGGCGGCAAGCGGGAAGCCGCCGGUGAUGUCGUCGACCCGUUCCAAGACACCACAGGUAACAUGGAGAGUGUGCUGCAGGAUGAACGGAAGGAAUUCCUCUUCCCAGACUGCUCGAGCAGCAUGAUGGCAAAGUUCAUUCCAGGGCGGAAGAAGCUUCAGUCGGAAUGUCGUCAAGUCACAAGGCACUGACUGAGGAAGAUCCCAA